AGCCGUUCUAUGGCAGUAAUGUAAAAAAAAGGCUGGGUAAAAAAGUGAUGAAUAUGCUUGCUAAAAGCGUGCUUCCGUUUAGUUUCGUUGAUGACGAAGGAUUUGUCGAGCUCAUGCAAGAAGCGGUCCCGCGCUACAAGGUGCCGAGCAGAAUGUAUUUCCGCGAUGUGAUGCUUCCAACGGAAUAUGAACAGCUGAGCCUUAAGUUGCGUGCAGCUUUGGAGACCGUUAAGCAUGUUGGGCUGACAACGGAUCUUUGGACAUCUGCAGCUAACGAAGGCUACAUCACAAUCACUUGCCAUUAUAUAACAGAAAACUUUAAAUUAACGUCUGCACUGCUAUCGACAGCACCAUUGAUUACCCCCACAAAUCAUAACGCCCAAAACAUCGCAGACUCAAUAAGCUCAAUGUUGGCUAAGUGGGGUCUUCUGUCGAAGGUUGUCACCGUUACAACGGACAAUGAUACUACCAUGAAAAAAGCGUGCGAUAUAUUAGCUUUCUAUCAUUUACCCUGUUUGGCACACACAAUAAAUCUGCUUGCUCAGGACAUUUUAAAACUGGCAGCAGUAAAUGGUAUUAUCUCAAAAUGCAAACGAAUAGUCACUUACUUCAAGCAAAGCACAAUAGCCACAGCUAAAUUAAAGGAAGUCCAGAAUACAAAUCAGCCGCUUGUCUUAAUUCAGGAAGUAAGCACUAGGUGGAACAGUGCACACGCAAUGAUCAAAAGAAUUUUACAAAUAAACGAAUAUGUUACAUUGACAUUGUUAAAAUUGCGAAAUGGCCCUUCACCGAUCACAACUGAUAAACUCGAGGUCUUGGAUGACCUGUCGGACUUGCUGUCACCUUUUCAGGAAGCGACUCUUUCGGUAUCGACUAACACAAAAGUUUCUGUGUCCCUUAUCAUUCCCGUCAUUGCCGAGAAUCAUCAUAAAAUGAAUCAAUUAAAUGCAAAGUUACGAACACAGGAAGGAAAAGAUAUAUAUGACCUUGUUAAGAAACGCUUAGUGGAAAGACUGGAUACUUUUGAAACGCGCACAAUUCCUCGCAUCGCUACUCUCGUUGAUCCUCGCUUCAAAAAAGAUGGCUUUCUCAGACCUUCAAAUGCAGAUCAAGCAGCCAAAGCAUUGGAGCUGGAAUUGCUGUCGUUUAAGUCUACAACUCCACGACGUCCACCAACACCACCAGAGCCAACGUCAAACGAGCCAAAUUUCAGAUUUUCAUUUUUGCAAAACAAAUCAAAAGUGAAGUCCACCCGAGCCGAUGCUAUUAUUACCACAAGGCAAUUUAUGGAAAAGGAAAACGCUCCUUGCACUUGCGACCCCUUAAAGUAUUGGGAGGUGACUGAUGACAACGAUCUCAAAUUGGUUGCGAAAAAGUAUUUCUGUGUACAAGCCUUGUCCUGUGAGUCUGAAAGGGUGUUCAGCAAAGCUGGACAAAUUGUAUCUGAACAAGAACAAGAAUUACACCUGAAGUUGUUGAUCAACUUCUUUUCCUCAACAAAAAUAGACACUUAAAUGAUCUCAAAUAAACCCCAUUGUUAUCGUUUGUACUGUUUUGCCUUUUCUUUUUUUUUUUUGUUAAACAUCGAUGAUUCACUCGAUGUUUUUUUUUGAAAACAUCGAAAAUAUCGAUGGACACAAACAUCGAUGUUUCUGCACCUCUAGGAUGCAUUUCAAGAGUGUGAAAUGGCAUUCGUUGCAACAUCAAAUGAUCCUUUGACUAUUACAGAAGCACAAAAUAGUGAUAAUGCUGAUAACUCGAUAAGAGCUAUGGAAGACGAAUUCAUGGCACAAAUUCUCAACAAGACCUGGCAAAUUGUUGAACGACCAAUGAAACGCAAAGUAAUUGGUAACAAGAUGAUUCUCCAAACAAAAGAUGACGGCAGCGUAUCAGGCAAGAAGAAGGCCCGCUUAGUCGCAAAAGGUUAUGCGCAGAAGCUCGGAGAGGAUUUUCAUGAAACGUAUUCGCCUAUGGCGCGAUUCACGUCCGUGAGAUUGUUAGCUGCUUUAUCAGCAGAAUUUGAUAUGGAAAUUCACCAAAUGAACGUGGUCACAGCAUACCUUAAACGGAGAGCUGGAAGAGAAAGUUUACAUGAACAUCCCGGAGAACUUCAAUGAGUUUAUGGAAAAGCUAAAAUCUGGUAGCCCAAUUGGAUCUAAACAACAACGUCCUGACUAUAAGUACGAGGAAGCAGCCAAUGAGUGGCGAAAAGCCUUAGAAGUAAUUCGAGAUCCAGUGUGCUUAUUAAAGCGAUUAUUACGUGGACGAUUUGCUACUCGCCUGAAAUCAUCCAGUAUGGCUACAGCAAACGAAGACACAUCUAAGCAAUGCAUUUAAGAUGAAGGAUUUCGGUGCAGUGAAAACGUGCUUGGGUAUCGAACUCAAACAGGACAAGAUGAAGCGUCAAGUUUUCAUUUCUCAAAAAAAGUAUAUCAAUGCUGUACUUUGGAAUGAGUGAUUGCACACCGGCGAUAUCACCCAUAUUGGGAAACAUCGAUGAUGAAUCUAUCCACCUAUCGAUUAAGGGAAGAAAGGAUUAUCGAUUGGGAGAGAAGUCGAGAGAAGGAAGCAAGACGUGCUAACGACGACCGCGACGAAGAUAUUCAAAUAAUUUAAUUAAUCAAUAAACUAAAUACAAUAAUAAUUAAGGAUUAAACUUAUGAAAUAAUAAAUAAUCAUUAUCAUAAAACCAA